UCCUUCUGGGUGUUGCACACUUCGUGGCAAACUUAAUAUACUCUGUUCAGGGUAUCAGAAGUUUCACAUAGUCUCAUAAAGUUAUAAGUUAUAACGAUCCGAACACAUAGCGUUCAAAGUUGUAUUUGCGUAAACUUAUUUUAGUAUGCAAUCCAACAACAAAUUUUUUAAACAAGUAUAAAAAUUUAUGAUUUUACGAUGCUUUAUGACACGUUGUGAGUACCCCAAAUAAGUUUACGCAAAUACAACUCUGAACGCUAUGUAUUCGGGUCGUUGCAACUGAUCAGUUGAUUUCUGUUUACUUCAGUUUGCUUUUGUGUUGUGGUUAGAUUUGUUUGAAUUUUUCUCAGCUUGCUAUUUUCGAGGGUUUUUGGAUUAAUGGAGCCGUUUAAUGUUAUACAGACAAAAGCAAAGCGGGUGCGUUCCAACCCAACAAAAAAGUGGCUGUUGAAAGAAGAGAAAUCAUUGGUGGAAUUUUUGACACAUAACAGGGAAUUUGAGAAGCCAACGUCUCAAAUUUAUUAUAGACGUUUUGCAAAAGAGAACAACAUUGCGGUGGACUGGAAGGUGGCACGCUCGAAGGUUCGGUAUAUGCGUAUAACAUAUAACAAAGCAAAAGCAUGGGAGAGCUCGAUUGGUGCACGAAGUAUGGAAGGCGAAACUAUAAAAUCCACUUUACUUAAAAUGUGUACGUUUUUUUAUGAAAUGGAUGAAAUUUUCGGCGGUAGACUGCUUGAGUCAGCAGUGAUCAACGAGAGUUUGGAGAGCAACGAUAACUCAAACUAUUCAGAAUUAGACCUUAACGAGUUACCCUCUUUUGCGGCUGUAAACGAAAGCGAAUGCGGAAAUAAGACGAUCCGUAAAAGAAAAUAUUCCAGAACAGCGGAAUCAGAGAUUCUACAAUUUCUGUCUGAAAUUAUCCAGCUGAAAAAACAGAAAAUUGAGCAAGAAAAGAGUUUUAAGGAGAAGGAGUUGGAAUUAAGAGAAAGGGAAUUGGUGAUUAUGGAAAAAGGAAUGGAGUUAAGAGCGAAGCAAAAAUUAGUACUAAAAGACAAAGAAAUGGAAAUGAAACUGAAAGAGUUGCAAAGUAAAGAAAAAUUAAAAAUAAUGGAAUUACAAAUGAAAGAAAGACUAAAAAUGGAGGAAUUGAAACACAAAUACAAAUAAUUUCAACUUAAUAUAAUGGUGCAAGUGGAUUUAAAAUUAUUUAGAAUGUCUAAUUAAAAAAAAAAUAAAUAUUUAUGUGUGAAUUAAACCAGUAAAUAGUGAAUAUAUAUAUUUGAAUACCGUAUACUGAUAUAUAAGUAUAAGAUACUUGUAUUAAGUUGUUAUAUGCUUUUGUUUGAAGUCAAGAAGACUCCAACACGUGAGUUGGAAAGGUUCUAAACGAAUACAUAUAUCUGCCGGAAAAUAAAGAAAUCAAAUAUAUAUAGCUAUCAUUAUGAAAUAACCGACUUAAAAAAAAAAGAUAAUAAUAAGUGUUGUGUUUGCUUUCUUAUCUAUUUUAUAUUGUCAGAAGUGGGUUAUAAUUUGUAACAAGGUAAACAGUUAUUGUGCAUUUUUGUAGUAAUGGUGAUGAGUAAGUAGAUGGAAAUAAAGACAAUCAUUAUAACCAAACGAACAACCAAAAAAUAAUAUAAGAACAAGUAAGGAAGGGCUAAGUUCGGGUGCAAUUCUAGUAUAUGUAUAUUGGUUAUAUCUGACAGCGGAAGCUGAAAAUGUUUUGCUACAUGUACUAUGUAAUAUGAUGUAGUGAAUCGUAAGCAAUAAAAAACUCAAUUUCGACUAAAAAAGUGUUCCCUGAGAUUCAUUAAGGUAUCUCACAUACCAAUC